AUGAAAGCCUUUGAGCGCUUCGCUGAGCCUCUCCUCGAGAACGACAAACGUCAGACUACGUUGCUCCUCUGCUUCAGGCUAUGGAUUCUGCAAGGAAGCUUUCCCAUAUUUUCUGAAAUGGACAAUCCUGUGUCAUUCUCGUCGAUGCGCUCAACCAGGCUUUUCACGUACAGCUACUUAUGCGCCUUCAACGCCUGGCUUGUGUUGUGCCCGCGUACCUUGUCGUACGAUUGGCAAAUGGGCAGCAUACCUCUCGUGACGUCACCACUUGACUCUAGGAAUCUGGCUACACUGGCAAUAUUCGCCUCGAUAUUGACUCUCAGCUGGCGGGCCUUCACGACAUCGAACAAGAUAAGUGACAUUUUCAGUGGACCGACAAAGCAGUGUGGUUCCAGCAAUCUUGGCCAAUUGAGGCAGCCUUCAGAGAGAAUACUAGUGCCGCUUCUUCUGACUGUGCUGUCUUUCCUUCCGGCGUCCAACCUCUUCGUGGCCGUUGGCUUUGUCGUGGCCGAAAGAGUUCUCUACAUUCCCAGGUAA